CAAACCAGCCAACCCCAACCCAGUUACCGAACCCAGAAGCGUCACUUUCUCUGACAUCAUAUAAACCCAGAACCGCCACGCGUCACUGCAUUUUCAUUCUCUCUCUUCCCAAUUUUUUGCGAAGAAAGCUGAAUUCUCUCUCCUCCUCCUUCUCUUCCUCCUCCUUCUCAAGCAUAGUCUUAAAAACUUCGGCUGAAAUUCAAUUCAAAAAAAUUAAAAAAAAAACUUAGGUUGAAAUUUUUGGAGAGGAGAAAUCUAUAAUUAGUUUCGCUCCCUUUCUCUUGGACGAGAGUUUGAUCCGCCAUUUUCGCACCUUCGCAUCUUAAUGUUUUCCUGGAAUUGUUGUUGAUAGGGUUUGAAAGAAUUGAUUUAAUGGUGGUUUCAACCAUGAAUGUCACUAGUAAACUGUUGAUCUCUGUUCAUCCGGAAGAGCUCAAAUUUCAAUUUGAGCUAGAAAAGCAAAGCUUUUGUGACCUGAAAGUUACUAACAACACAGACCAGAAUGUUGCUUUCAAGGUCAAGACCACUUCCCCCAAGAGAUACUACGUACGGCCCAACACUGGUGUUUUACAUCCUUGGGAUUCAUGUGUCAUAAGAGUCACUCUCCAGGCUCAACAAGAAUAUCCUCCAGAUAUGCAAUGCAAGGAUAAAUUUCUUCUUCAAAGCACAAUAGUGUCUGCAAAUAGUGAAGUGGAUGAUCUUCCACAAGAUACUUUUAACAAGGAUAGUGGAAGGACAAUUGAGGAAUGCAAACUUAAGGUUGUCUACGUCUCUUCAAACUCAGCUCAGGGUGAUGCAGAUGAGGACUCGGUUAUCAAGCUUGGAAAAGGUUUAAAUGCUCAGGGCAAUUCAAGUGUUGAAGAUAUUUUGCAGCGCGUAAAAGAAGAAAGAGAUUUAGCUGUUCGACAAACACAGCAACUCCAACAGGAACUGGAAAUGUGGAAGAGACGCAGACAGCGCAAAAGUAACUCCGGCUUCUCGUGCAAAUUCUCUGUUUUUGUGGCAAUGAUAGGAAUCAUGCUCGGCAUCCUGUUAAAACUAUCUCUGUCUUCUUCACCUACUACAGCAUAGUUGUCUUCAUCAGUGCAGGAACACAAAUUCUUGUUUGUAUCACGAGCUAGCUACGGUUUUUACCUAAGUCUUCCCAGUCCCGUCUUCUUCUCUCGGGGAAGUCCUUGCUUACUGUAUAUUGUUCAUCAAAAUUUGUUUUUACUGUACGCUUUCCCCACCCCCCCCCCCCCCCCCCCUUGAUGUGUAUCUUCUCCCCUUAUAUGUUAAAUAGGAUACUUUUGGUGGCUAAAGGUUCGAAUGAUUCAAUUGGAAAACAUUGUGACUUUGGGUUUCUUGUUUUUUCUUU